AUGCUAUCCGCAAAUAACCAUUCAACCUCACAUGGUACUCGAGCCAGAGACAAAGAAAAUAUUAUGCCGCGUAGUAAGGAUAAAGCUGCUCAAAAUAGGAAAGAUACUAACAAAAAGUAUUAUGAACGCAACAAAGAAACAAGGAGAAUGAUUGAAAGAGAUCACCAACAAAGAAACAAUGAAAGUAUAUUUGCUACUGCAGAGGUCAUUCACAAACAUCAUGUUACAUGUGCUGAAGAAAACAACCAAAUAUAUUCGGGGUUAACACACGAAACAUUAGAUGAAGUUGGAGGUUGUAGCGAGGUCCAUGUCAAUCAAGUAAUUCCAGAUGACAUUCUUCUAGAGGAUCCAUACCAUUCUAUUUUCGAUGGUAUCCCUGAAGUACAUUCUAUUUUGGAGGGAAGUAAUAUAUGUGUUCAUUGUGGAGCCAAACGGUUCAAACAUGAAUUCGCUACUUUUUGUUGCAUGAGUGGGAAAACAAAGUUGGCAUCUUCCCAAAUUCCUGAUGAGUUAUAUCGUCUUUUUACAUCAGAAGAGGAGUCAAGCAAAAUAUUUAGAGAUAAUAUACGUGCUUACAAUACAAACUUUUCUUUCACAUCCAUGGGAGUAGAGUUGGAUGAUGAUUUGAGCAAUAUGAAAUCCGGAGUAUAUACAUUUCGUGCGAACGGAGCAAUAUAUCACAGAAUUGAUCAGUUAGUACCGAGGGAUGGAUUACCUAGGUACUUACAAUUAUAUUUCUAUGAUUCUGAAACCGACUUUAUACAUAGACUUCAAUGGCCAAAUAUUGAUCGAAAGAUCAUUCAAGUGUUGGUGGGCGUUCUUUCAACAAACCCGUAUGCUACAACGUUUCGAAGCCUUCGUGAGCUAGGACCUCUCGAUAACUAUAGAGUCACUUUGAACGCAUCAGUGGAACUUGACCAAAGGGUAUACAAUCGACUGACCACAUCUGAGGUUGCUGGUAUUUGGGUAGAAGGUAAUGACAACAUAACAACAUAUAAAAGAAGCAUUGUUGUAUAUGGGAGAUCUGACUAUAGUACACAAAUUCAACCUUACGAAGGUUGUUAUGAUCCUUUGUCUUAUCCAUUGUUCUUUCCUAAUGGUGAGUCUGGUUGGCAUGCAAAAAUAGCAAGGGAUGGGGUGUCCAUCAAUGAAGUUGUGGGUAUUGAAGAAAAUAUUGUGGUUGAUUUAGAAGGGGCUAAGUCAAAGAAGGGUAGGAAUACCGUAACAAUGCGUGAGUACUACUGUUACAAAUUCCAGAUUCGUUCAUCUAAAAAUUUAAUUCUAUUGGGAAGAAGAUUGCUACAACAAUUUGUGGUAGAUAUCUACAUAAAGAUCGAGACUUCACGCUUGCUUUUUUGUAAGCUAAACCAAAAGAAGAUAAGAUCUGACCUUUACCAAGGAAUUGUUGACUGUGUCAAUGCCGGUGAAGUUGAACCAAGUAGAGUCGGUCAACGGAUAGUCUUACCUGCAUCUUUCAUCGGUGGACCACGUGACAUGCGACGAAGGUUCCUAGAUGCAAUUACGUUAGUUCAAGAUGACGGAAAGCCUGAUAUAUUCCUUACAGUAACAUGCAAUCCAAACUGGCCAGAAAUUGUUGAUGAUUUGAAACCCGGGCAAAGUGCACAAGAUCGACCAGACCUUGUAUCAAGAGUGUUUCGUGCAAAAUUAGAGGAUCUAAAGGACCAACUUCUAAAGCACCAUAUCCUGGGUGUGGUUCGAGCAUAUGUUUAUGUGGUGGAGUUUCAAAAGCGUGGUUUGCCACAUGCACAUUUCCUCUUGAUAAUGAGACCAGAACACAAGAUGACAAAUGCUGACCAUUAUGACAAAAUGGUGUGUGCUGAACUUCCCGAUCCGAAAAAGUAUUCCAAAAUACACGAAAUUGUUGUGAAGCACAUGAUCCACGGACCUUGUGGUCAUUUACGAGAAACCAGUCCAUGUAUGCAAGGAGAGCCAAAACAAUGUCGGUGGAGAUAUCCUAGACAAUUUAAUGAAGCGACGACACAAGGAGAAGACUCAUAUCCAUUAUAUAGGAGGAGAAACAAUGGGAUAGAGGUCAACGUACGAGGAAAUACACUUGAUAACAGAUGGGUGGUACCAUAUAACCCGAAGCUGUUAAUGAUGUUCAAUUGCCACAUGAAUGUCGAGGUUUGCUCGAGCAUAAAAUCUGUGAAAUAUGCUUUUAAAUACGUUUACAAGGGACAUGACAAACAAGUUGUCCACAUUGAUCAAGAUGGAGCGGAACCCAUCAUCAAUGAGAUUAAAAGAUAUCAAGAUGCACGUUACGUCUCACCCCCCGAGGCAAUAUGGAGGAUUUUUAGCUUUGCGCUUUCUCAAAUCCACCCUUUCGUCAUGUCUUCGCAUCUUCAUCUCCCGAACCAACAAUUGGUUAGAUUCUCAGAUAAUGAUUCAAUGAUUAAUAUUGUGGACAGGGAGAAAGAUAAGAGUUCAAAGUUGACCGCAUUUUUUGACAUGAAUAAAAUGGAUGAGAUUGCGAGGCAAUAUCUAUAUAAAGAAUUCCCAAGAUACUUUACAUGGAAUUCAACCAAACGUUGUUGGAAGCAAAGGAAAAAAGGAGCAAUGAGAGGCCGAUUGGUUUCUGCUAACCCUGCCGAAGGAGAGAGAUACUACCUACGGGUUCUCCUAUCACAUGUUAGAGGGCCAACAUGCUUUGAAGAUCUUUACACGGUGAACAACGUGUUACAUCCAACAUUUCGUAAAGCUGCUCUUGAGAGAGGGUUAAUAGAGACCGAUGAUAACCUAUCUCAAUGUCUUACUGAGGCUUCAUUAUAUCAAUUUCCAGGUGCUCUUAGAAGGUUAUUUGCAACUAUACUCAUUUAUUGCGAACCCGGAGAUGUUCGCAAGUUAUGGGAUGACCACUAUAAUUCACUUUCUGAAGAUUAUAUGCGACAAUGUGAAAGUGUUGAGCGAGUUCAAACCAUGGUUCUUAUGGAUAUCUCUAUAAUUUUGCAAUCUAUGGGUAAGCAUCUCAAUGAGUUUGAUCUUCCUAUGUUAAAUACAAACAUCAAUUUGGAAUCUGGAGAUUAUCGCGAGGUCCAAGAGGAGUACUCCAUCGUUGUGGAUGAUGAACACCUUCGUGCAAAAGAUUCUCUCAAUACCGACCAAAAAAAUGCAUAUGAUGAGAUCAUGACCCACGUUAAUCAGAAUCGUCCGGUUCGUUCCCAUGGUCAUAUUGCACUUGCGACAGCUUCAUCUGGUGCUGCAGCUAAUAAUAUGCCCGGGGGGAGAACAUCUCACUCGCGGUUUAAGAUUCCGAUAAAUCUUGAUAAUAACUCAAUGUGCAAAAUCAAUCAGCAAAGUGGGGUUGCUCAACUACUUCGUUUGGCCAAAAUAAUCAUAUGGGAUGAAGCAUCAAUGGCGAAUAGGCAAGCAAUAGAGGCGGUGGAUCGAACGACGCAAGACAUUACAAAGGUGAGCCUCCCUUUUGGUGGAAAGAUAAUGAUCUUGGGAGGUGAUUUUAGGCAGGUGUUACCAGUAAUCAGACGUGGUACUAGAGCACAGAUUGUAGACGCCAGCUUGAGGAUGUCACCUCUUUGGUCUUUGAUUAAAAAAAUACGUUUAACUAUAAAUAUGAGAGCACUGGCCGAUCCAUGGUUUUCAGAUUUUUUGAUACGAAUUGGCAACGGAGAUGAAGAAACCAUCGAUGAAAGUUUUGUCCGAAUACCUGAUGAUAUGUGCAUUCCUUACACCGACCAAGACAAAUCAAAAAACGAGUUGAUUAAUGCAAUCUUUCCUUCUUUGCACAUCAAUGGAGGCUCUUCAGAGUAUAUUAUUUCUAGGGCGAUACUAUCAACAAAAAAUGAAAGUGUUGAUGGAAUUAAUGAUCAACUGAUUGAUAGGUUUUGUGGAGAGGAGAGGAUUUACUAUAGUUUUGAUGAGGCAGAAGAUGAUAAGAACAAUUUCUAUCCGAUGGAAUUCUUAAACUCUAUAAAUAUCAGUGGUUUACCUCCUCAUUACCUUCAAAGCAUGUUGGCCCUAUAA